GCUCACCGUUGCAUGAGAGCAUUAAUAGCAAUGGAGUUAACUUGUCAGACCUUGACUGCAAAAAUAAAUAUUUUGGUAUCGAGAGGAACUCUGGAGGGCGGCGUUCAGGGCAGGGCAUUGUGUACGUAGAUCUGUAUUUUAGGUUGCGUUUGGAGGUGGCGUAGGCUGCACGGUUCAUGAGGGCAGGUUCCAGGUUCCCCACACGCGAUUGAGGGAAUGGCCUCAGGUGGAAGUUUGGAUAAGGUGGGAUUGGCUCAGUGUUGGACCUGGUAAUUCCCCUAGCUAUCAUGAAGAUGACUCACCUGGUAUUGGACAGUCUGCAUGCCUGCAUUACAGCAGAUACCUGUGCUGUUUUAAAGCUACAGUGAUCAUUCAUCUUCCUAUCUACUCAUCUCUAGGUCAACUAUGUUGCCAGUGCUGUUACUGUCUGCCUUUUACUACAAUGCAGCCGCCGCCGGGCAUUCGGCGCCACACUUCUACGGCGACCCGGCCGAGAACGUGAGCUUGCCGUGCCCGGGGUGGACCGGCGGCGACGCCGUCUGGGUGCGCGACGGCCGGGCGCUGGCCGACGCCGCGCCCGCCCCCGGCGGCCAUCUGCUAGUCCGGAACGCGUCCGCCGACGACGAGGGCCUGUACGGCUGCGCGCCGCACGCCGACGCCGCGCCCAGCGACAUCUUCUACGUGCAUCUGCUGCUUAGACGCCUGCCUGGACCGCUGGCGAACGUGCGUGUGCGCGCGCACACGGUGCUAGCCGAGCUGUUCUGGCACGCCAACGACACGGGCGCGCUGCCUCUGAGUCGGAUCGGGCUGCGCUACCGAGCCAAAGACGGUGCCCACUGGAAGCAGCCCAUCCCGCCGCACGUGGCACCCUCCGAGGCCCACCGCGAGCUGUACGGCCUGCGGCCCAACACCACCUACGAGUUCCAGCUCUGGGCCGAGAACCGGCUGGGCCCCGGGCCGAACGUCACGGUGCGCGCCACCACGCGCGCCGACCUCAGCCGCAGCGACGUGGCGCGGGGCCUUGUGGCCGAGGCCCUGGUGCUCGGCUCCGAGAGCUGGGUGGCGGCCGUGGUCGGCUCGCUGGUCGUCGUGCUCCUGGUGGCCGUCGGCGGCGCCUGCUUCGUCUACCGCAGCCAGCGCGUGGUGCCCGCCAACGGCGACAGCACCGAGGGCAUGGAGCUCGUGUCGAACCUGCAGCAGCCCGGAUACGAGCUGGAGGUGCUGGAACAGGACGAGAACUCCAACAGCCAGCGCGCCCACCUGCUCAACAACAACGUCGAGGUCCACCCGGUGCGGAUCUGAGUCGGUCUUUCAGCGGCGCGGUGCGCCCCAGCCCUGGGCGGCCGCGGCCCGUGCACUGCCCGGGCCGGCCAGCGGCGGAGCAGCCUCGGCGUCGUCCCACGUGGCUCGGUGUCUCCGGCCCGCUGCAGCUGCGCCGGCCGGCACGUGCUGCGCGGCAGCGGCACCGAGUGGUGCUCGUUCUGAAGAUCGCGCUUAGCGCCUGCACGGUCCCCCGAGUGGUCGGCUGUCUGCAGUGGAUUUCAGGCAGGAACGGUGUAACGUGAGAGAAACGUGCAUGAGCUCUUGAAUGUGUGCGGUAGCAGUGUAGUUUGAUAUAAACGCAUGUGAGCUCACCCCAGUGGGCAAAAGAGUGGUGUAUUGCUCGGGGAAACUCGAUUGUGACGUUUGAACUUAUUGGUUCAUCGACUCAUUCCACGGCGCAGUGCAGUUCCCAAGGGUGUAAUGUAGGUUGCGUAGUCUUGAUAUAGUGCAAUGUUAGACGCUCUUUGUGACUACAUGCUUGAUGUUGGUCCCGCUAACGCAUGUACACGUGUCAUACUCCAAUGGCAUUGUGCGGUUACGUGGUAACAAGCUUACGUCGUAGCAAGCUUUUGUUGCAUAAUGUUAGACAGGGGCACGCUCUGAGUGGAUACCGAAGAUACUUGUGAUGUGAUUUGGAUACAGGUACCGUGAUAACCAGCCUCUAGAUUUACUGACACGCAGUCGUAGGGUGCCUACAUUUUGGUCAUUUUUGACUUUGUUGCGCGUUUGUGCCGUCUUCGGUGUCUCGGUAUUGGCGUUCUUCAUCAGACGAGUGCACGAUUAUGGGCGCUUUGAUAUUGUCGUGUUUUGGGUGAUUUAUUUAUGCUCUAUCAGAAUGUCUUGCCGACCAUUCACUUGGCUACGCACCGGUCAGUGUUUUGGGCAAUUUAUUUAUGCUUUAUCGGAAUCUCUCACCGGUAUUCUGAAACGAGCGAUCUCUUGCCAGCUCAAAAAGGUUUCCAACCAUCGUGCGGCCCGUCGUGUGGAAGGAACAAAGUUACAGCGCCGAAUAGUCCUAUUGGGAGUGUGGUGAUGCAUGGUGCUUUGCUUUGUGAUGUAUGGCGUCAUAAUAUUUUGCGAGCGAGUCUCAUCCAUAUACAUGGAGCUCUAGUUUGAUAUUGUGUGACAUCAUAAUAUACGUCAAACCCUCA